AUACAUAGUUGCUAUAGUUGGUGAUGCACUCUGUGGUAAUGCAUAGGUACCUUUGGUGCUGCAUUGUAUUUGGAUAUCUUCAUACAUCUUUCAUUUUGGGACAGCAUAGGAAUAGGAGUACUGGCUCAGAAGACCAGCUAGGUCAAUCUGGGUCCCUUGUAAGCGAUUUUUCUCCAUUCCAUCACUCUGUAUCUGUUCAAAUAUCAUCUGCGUCAUUUCCAUUGAAUGAGUCAGUAUCUUGUGAGGACUUGGAAGGUGUAGGAUCAUUUAAUACUACAUGUUUGCUAAGUUCAACUUUUCAUUUGGAUUCCGAUAUUCACAUAUAUGGAGUUGGAAACCUGGAGAUACUCCCUCAUGCUUCUAUAUCAUGUCCGGUGGAAGGAUGCACAAUAAUAUUCAAUAUGUCUGGUAACAUUAAACUUGGUCAGUAUGCAUCUAUUGUUGCUGGUUCUGUGGUUUUAUCAGCAGCCAAUAUGUCUAUGGAGUAUGGUUCAUCUAUUAACACAUCAUCUUUGGGUGGGGCACCACCUUCCCAAACUAGCGGCACUCCUUAUGGCUAUGAUGGGGCUGGGGGAGGGCAUGGUGGGCGUGGAGCAUCCUGUAUAAAAGAUAAUACCACAAACUGGGGUGGUGAUGUUUAUGCUUGGUCUACUUUGUCUGAACCAUGGUGUUAUGGCAGUAAGGGUGGCGGAAAAUCUGCUCUGAAAAAACUCGGAGGGAAUGGUGGGGGGCGUAUUAAGCUUCUAGUGAAUGACACUUUGUUUAUAAAUGGCUCUGUUACUGCAGCAGGUGGAGAUGGAGGGUCUGAUGGGGGUGGUGGGUCUGGUGGAAGUAUAAUAAUACAUGCCCUAAAGCUGAAGGGAUAUGGUAUUAUCAGUGCUGCUGGUGGGAAGGGCUGGGGUGGUGGUGGUGGAGGAAGAAUAUCACUUGAUUGUUACAGCAUACAAGAAGAUUUAAAAGUUUCUGUUCAUGGAGGUUUGAGUACUGGCUGUCCUGGGAAUUCUGGAGCUGCUGGCACAUAUUUCAAUGCAAAUUUACUAAGUCUGAGAGUCAGCAAUGAUAAUCUCACAACAGAAACUGACACUCCAUUGCUCGACUUCUCAACCCGCCCGCUUUGGUCGAAUGUUUAUGUGGAGAAUCAUGCAAAAGUUUUGGUCCCUCUUGUUUGGUCCAGAGUUCAGGUAAGAGGCCAAAUUAGUGUAUACCGUGGAGGAAGCAUAAUCUUUGGGUUGUCAGAUUAUCCAAUUUCUGAAUUUGAGCUUGUUGCAGAAGAACUUUUAAUGAGUGAUUCCAUCAUAAAGGUUUUUGGUGCAUUUAGAGUUGCUAUUAAAAUGUUACUCAUGUGGAACUCCAAAAUCCAAAUUGAUGGUGGUGAGGAUAGGAUUGUUACUGCUUCAGUUCUUGAAGUCAGGAAUCUGGUUGUUUUAAGGCAAAACUCUGUCAUAAGUUCAAAUGCAAACUUAGGUUUAUAUGGUCAGGGGCUACUGAGGUUGACCGGUCAUGGGGAUGCAAUCAAAGGCCAGCGACUUUCCUUGUCUCUAUUUUAUAACAUAACUGUUGGCCCAGGUUCUUUACUUCAGGCUCCUUUGGAUGAUAAUGAAAGUAGAGGCACGGUUACAAAAAGUCUUUGUGAGACCCAGAGUUGUCCUGUAGAUUUGAUUACUCCACCUGACGAUUGCCAUGUCAAUUAUACACUCUCUUUCUCACUUCAAAUAUGUCGUGUAGAGGAUAUUCUUGUAAAUGGCAUUAUGAAAGGAAGCAUAAUUCACAUCCACAGGGCAAGGACUGUCAUUGUUGAUGCUGAUGGCAUGAUUACAGCCUCUGAGUUAGGUUGCACUGAAGGUAUUGGAAAGGGAAACUUUUUGAAUGGAGCUGGUGGGGGAGCUGGUCAUGGUGGAAGAGGAGGGUCUGGAUAUUUCAAUGGGAGAGAGAGUAAUGGUGGCAGUGUAUAUGGCAAUGCUAGGCUUCCAUGUGAGCUGGGUAGCGGAACCAAGGGCCCAGAUGAGUCAUAUGGCCAUGUGGUUGGAGGCGGAAUGAUUGUAAUGGGAUCCAUUCAGUGGCCACUUUUGAGGAUUGACCUUUAUGGGUUCAUGAGGGCUGACGGUCAAAGUUUUAGCAAAGUAAUGCAAAAUGGUGAUGGUUCUUUGGUUGGGGGUCUUGGAGGAGGUUCUGGUGGGACGGUACUUCUUUUCCUUCAGGAACUCAGGCUGUUGGAGAAUUCAUCUCUAACUGUUGUUGGUGGCAAUGGUGGCCUCCUUGGAGGUGGCGGUGGUGGGGGAGGGAGAAUUCAUUUCCAUUGGUCAAAGAUUGGUGUUGGUGAAGAGUAUGUUCCUGUUGCCAGUAUACAUGGCCUAAUGAACAACAGUGGAGGCAGUGGGAAUAACGGUGGCCAUCAUGGAAUGAGGGGUACCAUUACAGGGAAAGAAUGCCCCAAGGGCCUAUAUGGCACUUUUUGUAAGGAAUGCCCAAUUGGUACUUACAAAGAUGUUGAUGGUUCUGAUGCGAAUCUUUGCAUUCCUUGUCCCAUUGAUCUUCUUCCCAAUCGUGCAAAUUUCAUAUAUUUACGAGGCGGAGUUAGGAAUAAGUCUUGCCCCUAUAAAUGUGUAUCUGACAAAUAUAGGUUACCCAAUUGCUAUACAACUUUAGAGGAGCUUAUUUAUACUUUUGGAGGUCCCUGGCCAUUUGCAGUAUUGUUAUCAUUCAUUUUGUUGCUUUUGGCUCUACUGCUAAGUACAUUGAGAAUCAAGUUGGUUGGUUCUGGUACAUAUCACAGUGCAAGUUCAAUUGAGCAACAUAAUCACCACCAUUUUCCAUACCUUCUCUCCCUAUCUGAGGUGCGGGGAGCCAGAGCUGAAGAAACUCAAAGUCAUGUGCACAGGAUGUACUUCAUGGGCCCUAAUACUUUUAGAGAGCCCUGGCAUCUUCCUUACUCACCUCCUCAUGCGAUAAUAGAAAUUGUGUAUGAGGAUGCUUUUAACAGAUUCAUUGACGAGAUCAACUCAGUUGCUGCAUAUGAUUGGUGGGAGGGAUCAGUACACAGUAUACUUUCAGUUGUUGCAUAUCCUUGUGCUUGGUCCUGGAAACAGUGGCGAAGGAGAGUAAAAGUCAGUCGCCUUCAGGAAUACGUCAAGUCUGAAUAUGACCAUUCAUGCCUACGCUCCUGUAGAUCACGUGCUUUGUACAAAGGGAUGAAGGUUGGGGCAACACCAGAUUUGAUGGUAGCAUACAUUGAUUUUUUUCUUGGUGGUGAUGAGAAGCGGUUAGACAUUGUCUCAAUUAUUAAAAAGAGAUUUCCUAUGUGCAUAAUAUUUGGUGGGAAUGGAAGUUACAUGGCACCUUAUAAUAUUCACAAUGAUACACUAUUGACCAACCUCAUAGGCCAGCAUGUCCCAGCAACUGUUUGGAAUCGCUUGGUGGCUGGACUGAAUGCUCAGUUAAGGACAGUGAGGCAUGGAUCAAUUCGCACUUCACUAGAUCCUGUUGUUUCUUGGAUAAAUAGCCAUGCAAAUCCUCAACUUGAGUUCCAUGGUGUUAAGAUUGAGUUGGGAUGGUUCCAAGCAACAGCUUCUGGUUAUUAUCAGCUGGGUAUUGUGGUGGCAGUUGGUGAUUAUUCUUUGCACGAGUCUGAUACUUGGGACAAUAUUGAUGGACCAACAAGGAAAAAUGCUGCCUGUGGAAGACAUAGUCUUAUGCAGCCUCAGCACAAUUGGCCAUGCAUUAGUAAUUCCUUAUCUCUUAAGAGGAUAACUGGAGGAAUCAAUGGAGGACUCAUUAAUGAUGCUACCCUGAAAUCUUUGGAGUUUAAAAGAGACUUUAUGUUCCCACUUUCUUUUCUGCUAUGCAACACUAGACCUGUUGGUCGCCAGGACACAGUGCAGCUGCUGAUAACUCUCAUGCUUUUAGCAGAUCUUUCAGUCACUCUGCUCAUGUUGCUUCAGUUCUACUGGAUUUCUCUCGCAGCUUUUCUCUGUGUUUUGCUAAUACUUCCUCUUUCCCUACUGUCACCGUUUCCUGCUGGUUUGAAUGCUUUAUUCAGUAAAGAACCAAGAAGAGCUUCACUUUCUCGAGUAUAUGCAUUGUGGAAUGCCACUUCUUUAUCAAAUAUUGGAGUGGCUUUUGUUUGUUGCCUCAUUCACUAUGCAUUAUCCCAUUUACACCAGCCUGAUGAGACCGAUACAUGGAAUAUUAAGAGGGAAGAUGAUGAGUGCUGGCUUUUGCCAACCAUAUUGCUGCUCUUCAAGUUGGUACAAGCUCGCUUUGUCAAUUGGCAUAUAGCUAAUCUUGAAAUCGAAGAUUUUUCUCUAUACUGCCCAGAUCCCGAUGCUUUUUGGGCUCAUGAAUCAGGUUUUUGACAGGAAACAGACAGGAAUAUCAGACAUGCACGUGUAUAUUGUCAAGUUUUGGUGAUUCAACUAUUUAAUGUGUUUAGUUUCACGUUGAAUACCCACCAAAACCAUGAUUUUGGUGGAAUCACGCAAUUACUUGAUUUCACUUUGUGAAAUUAAGGUUUUGGUGGUUACUAUCGUGAAACCAAAUAUACCCUGAAAAGGAGGCUUUAUUCUGGUCCUGAUAGGAAGCAUUGUGGCUGCCCUGCCAUGUAAAUACACGCAUAGAUGUAUAGGACAAUCAAGUACAGGUCUGCAGUUUUUUUUUUGUUCCGUGUGUAAAAUCUUAUAGGUUGGUUUGUGGAACAAUACAAGGAACUAGUGAUUAGAGAGAUGCGUCCUUGUAGCUUAGUUAGUACCAUCAAGUUUCUCCAUUUUGUUCUUUAUUUUUUGUAUUUAAAAUUAUAUUUCCUUUUGCCACCAAGUACUGACUGAAUGAGAAGCCUUUGCAAAGGCUGCUGUUUUGCU